CCAACUCGCUGCCUGACCCUGUCUGUAUAAAGCCUCCCGCUCCUCGUAUUCUUGCACUGUGCUCGGCACUCCUGCAUUGGCACUAUGUGGUGGUCAGUGUUUGCAGUUUGUCUGCUGCUGGCUGUGGUGGAGAGCUCCUCUAACCAUGUGGUGAAGUCCCUGCACAUAACGUCAGAUAUCAAGAACCGCUACGCCACCACUCAUGUCACCAGCAAGGUUGCCAACACAGGGGACAAAGCUAGCAAGGUUCCAUUCUACGUCACCUUCCCGGACUCAGCGUUUCUCACAGAGUUUGCCAUUGAAGAGAAUGGCCGAGAGGUUAAAGCUACACUACACAAGAACGAAGACGUUAAAGACCUUGACAAGGAGUUUGGAGAAGAUGUGCUCUCUGUAUUUGUAAGAGAUGCAAACCAGUUCGCAGUUCUCGUCAAUGUGGAGGCAAAAGCGGAGGUGACCUUCAAACUGACCUACGAAGAGUUAUUGUCCAGACACUUGGAGAUCUACUCACACAAAAUCCAUGUCAACCCUCAACAGAUCGUUGAUGAUUUGAAAGUGACAGUCAACAUUGAGGAGCCAACUAUAAUCACAUAUUUGAAAGUGCUUAAGUUCCACGGAUUUAGUAACGUCUUUUCGAGGGACAACGACAAGGACAGUGAGAUUGCAACAAUAGAAAACAAGAGUCCCCAGAGUAAGGUGAUUGUCUGGGCACCAUCUGCCGAUCAACAGAGAGCCAUGAACGCCAAGGGAAUCCAGGGCGAGAUUGUUGUCCAAUAUAAUCUUGAUCGGUUGGAACACGCUGAGCCGUACUUGGUUGACGAUGGACAUUAUUUCGCUGAUUUCUUCGCAGUCGAGGCUCUCCCAAGUUUGAAGAAGCACGUUAUCUUCGUCAUUGAUUACAGUUAUUCCAUGGAAGGGGAAAAAUUUGAAGAAUUCAAGCAAGCCAUGGACGUGAUCUUGCCAUACCUUAGCGCUAAAGAUUAUUUCAGCAUUGUCCUUGCCCAGAGUUUUGCUGAGGCCUGGUCACCCAGCACUCUGUACAGGAAAGGUCCAGAUACGCAAGAUGAAGUCGACAGAGAAGAGAUGCUCAAGUCUGAGCACAAUCUGACCGAUACUUUGUCCCCACAGUUCUUGGUGGAAGCUUCUCCUGCUAAUGUGGAACUUGCACUCAAAUAUCUCAAAGAAGCAGAACUGGGAGGCUCUUACCUGAUGGGAGGGCUAAAAACAGCGGUGGAUCUGGCCAACCUCGGUGCCGACCAAUGGAAGGCCGAGAGUGACUCCCCUCUCCCUCUCAUUGUCUUCUUGUCAGACGGACAACCGACUAUUGGAGAGGUCGAUGAAGCCGUAAUCGUUAAUCAAGUGACGUCUCUCAAUACUAAGCACGUUCCUAUAUACAGCUUAGCUUUCGGAUACUAUGCAGAUUACGAAUUCCUACGCAAGCUAUCCUUGAACAAUCAUGGUUUUGUAUGGAAGGUUUACAGAGAUGAGGAUGCUUCUCAACAAAUAGUAUAUUAUUACAAACACGUCGCAUCUCCAGUUCUGACAGACCUGGCCUUCACUUACUUCCCGACUAAGGUAGAAGAAGUGACUAGACACGAAUUCCCCGUGUUCUUUAGGGGAAUGGAGAUUGCGGUUGCCGGCAAAUUAAAGGAUGCGGUCACGGAGAACGAUACUAUUGGAGAGCUUACAGCUAACAUCCCAAGCGUCAGUGAAACUUACAACCAUUCUAUACCUGUGGGACGCAAAGUUGCGGGCAACUCUGCGGAGAAGACGUUUGCUUUCCUCAAGCUGCGACAACUUCUGGGUGAGCUACAUCGUCUGCCGGAGGACAGUGACAAGAGUUCACUUGAAGAGAAAAUUGAGAAUCUGGCUCUAAAAUACUCUUUUAUGACGUCACUUACUUCGUUGGUAAUUGAAAAGCCUGACGGGAGCAAGACAGUAGCAGAGUUUACGCCAUUAAAACAAGCACCUCCUUUGGAAAAAACGGAUUUGAAGAAAAUCACUUGGUUGAAGGAAUACCUGACUGAUGACGCAGCAGACCAUGUCAGCGUGACACUCAAAGAACAUUCCUACAAUCUGGCUCUAAAACCGGGUGAAGAAACUUUCGGAAAAUGCAACGUAAACUACAUGUCAGGAGAAUGUCGUCACUUCCAGAAAUGUGCUCUUGCUAUCUUCGAAGACGAUGUUGCUGAAUUCCUUCCUUACAAGUGUGACAUCGCAGGAGAUUAUCUUGGAGCCUGCUGUCCAUUCCAUGUUAGCUGAGCUCAUAAGCAGACAACCGAGUGUCCCGUUACUGCUGUCAUCAUUUCUUCUUUUCAUCUUAUCUACAAUGUACCUAUUAUGUAUAAUUUUAUGAUUGUAAGUCAUCAAUUGAGUGCAACUGCGGACACCAAGGUCAACAUUUUUGUUUUAUAAAAUUUAAAUUACCAUCGAUGGUUCUUCCAUAAGAAACUGUUCUAAAAGCCUUAGAACACUACGCUGCUUAUAUUUCACAAACGUUUGGUUAUAUUUGUAGUUCUAGUGUUUCCGUAAACUUGUCAUUUGUCCAACUUUUUAUCCAUGCCCAUUGAUUUACUGAUGCUUUUAAUGCUAAGUUAAAUAAGGAAAGUAAACAAAUUUUAUUUAUAAAGUGUAGAAAAGUAAAUGUUUCCAAUUCACCGGCCUUUACCUCUUUUAGAAUGCUUUAUAAUUGCAAAUUCUUGGAAUCUAUUUCAUAUAAUCCUCUUUCUGUAAAUCAGACGUAUCUAUAAACAUGAAGAACGUGUCGAGGUACACAAAAGACCCACCUCCAAUGUCCUUUCCAGUUUUGUUUUUUCCUUAGGCUAUUGUUGUUAAUCAUGAUCAUUAAUUCACUGUGUACAUACAUUACAAUCAAUUUAGGCACACCACUAAUUACAGUCUCUUAAUGAUUAUUAAAGUAAUGACUUAAUAAAGAAAUAAUACGGUUUAAAAUACUAUAUCUUAUGUCUUUAAUCUGCAUUAUACCACGAAGGUAAAUUACACAAUUGCAAGGUUAAAAUAUAGACUUUGUAUUUUUUACUAUAAAGCUAAAGAGCUAAACAGGGGAGGUUGCAAAGCCGAUAAGGUAAAAUGACUCUGUUUCUUUCAAAGGAAACCAUUUUUUUAUUGCACAGUAGUACUCUUCUAUUGGUCGUUUAUUUGUGUUUUUAUAUUUAGCUUGAUUGAUAUGCAAAAACUACUUUUAACAUUCAUUUUUGUCAUAAGUAUGAAAAUAUACCACUCAUUCAGCAAUA